GCCGCUCUCGCGAUACCGUGUUGCCCGGAGGCGGCGGCUCGGCCCGGCCAUGGCGUCCGACAGCGACACCGAGGAAUUCUACGAUGCGCCCGAGGACGUGCAUCCCGCGGGCUCCCCCGCGCCGUCACCAACAAAAGUUGGAACCCAUGUAGUAAAGGAUAUGGACAUUAAACUACACAAAGCUGGAAAUGAAACAUUUGUACGAGAAAUGAAACAAGAUGAUUCAAAAGAGAUUAUUGACAGUAUUAUAGAAGAAAGCCAGAAGGCCCAACAACUAGAGGAUGAUUCUUUAGCUUCUAGAGGAAAGGAAUUGACUGUUCCAACUUCAUAUGCAAAUGCUUGGAUUUCUGGACCAGGUAUCAUUAGUGAUAUCCCAGAAGUACUAGCUGCUAAAAUACCAUUACCAGAAAACACUAGAGAACCAGAGGAUCAGAGUGUGUGUAAGGGUGCUGAAUUGGAGUCUUGGAAGCUUUUGUUUAGUUCUGACCCACAGGAAUCUCAUAAACUAACAAAAGUAACAAAUGCAACUGACCAUAAAAUGGAUGAAACUGAAGCACAAGGAGAAACAUCAAAAAAAGAGGACAUAACAGACAAGAAAGAGGCAAAUACUUUAGAAAAAGUGGCUUCAGAUUUAUCUACCAGAGACCUUUCUACAACAGAAGAAAUGCCCACAGCAAAGCCACCAAGGCAGCUGACUGUAGAGCCUGACAUAGUUGCAAGCACAAAGAAGCCUGUCCCAGCCCGGCCCCCGCCUCCCACAAAUGUUCCUCCCCCAAGACCACCCCCGCCUGCACGGCCAGCUCCACCUCCCCGGAAGAAGAAGAGUGAACUGGAUUUUGAAGUGCAAAAACCUGUUUUAGAAGUUUCUCGAGACAGCUUCACAGCUGGUGGUCUUUUAACUUCAAGGUCAGUGACAGAGGGUGUGCCCAAAGAUUCGCAGCCUUCCUUGGAUUUGGCCAGUGCAACUAGUGGAGAUAAAAUUGUCACUGCACAGGAAAAUGGGAAAGCAGCUGACGGCCAAACAAGUGAAGUACUUGGACCACGAAGACCCAGGUCUAACUCUGGCAGAGAGCUCACAGAUGAGGAAAUUCUAGCAAGUGUAAUGAUAAAAAACCUUGAUACAGGUGAAGAAAUACCUCUGAGUUUGGCAGAAGAAAAGUUGCCAACAGGCAUUAAUCCCCUGACUUUGCAUAUCAUGAGGAGAACUAAAGAAUACGUCAGUAAUGAUGCAGCACAGUCUGAUGAUGAAGACAAAAUGCAGACACAGCAAACUGACACCGAUGGAGGGAGGUUAAAACAGAAAACGACUCAACUGAAGAAGUUCCUUGGCAAAUCUGUAAAGAAAGCAAAGCACCUUGCUGAAGAAUAUGGUGAACGUGCUGUAAAUAAGGUUAAGAGUGUUCGAGAUGAAGUCUUUCACACAGAUCAAGACGAUCCCUCUUCUAGUGAUGAUGAAGGGAUGCCCUAUACGAGACCAGUUAAGUUCAAAGCAGCACAUGGCUUCAAGGGACCUUAUGAUUUUGAACAAAUUAAAGUUGUUCAGGAUCUCAGUGGAGAGCAUAUGGGUGCUGUUUGGACAAUGAAAUUUUCUCACUGUGGUCGAUUACUGGCAUCUGCAGGGCAGGACAAUGUAGUAAGGAUAUGGGUUUUAAAGAAUGCCUUUGACUAUUUCAAUAACAUGCGCAUGAAGUACAACACAGAAGGCCGUGUCUCCCCUUCUCCCUCUCAAGAGAGCCUGAAUUCUUCCAAGUCUGAUACCGAUGCAGGGAUUUGCAGUGGAGUUGAUGAAGACUCAGAUGAUAAAAAUGCCCCAUUUCGUCAACAACCAUUUUGCAAAUACAAAGGCCACACCGCAGAUCUUCUUGAUCUUUCCUGGUCUAAAAAUUACUUCUUGCUUUCUUCUUCUAUGGAUAAAACUGUCAGAUUAUGGCACAUAUCAAGAAGAGAAUGUCUUUGCUGUUUCCAGCAUAUAGACUUUGUCACUGCUAUAGCUUUCCAUCCAAGGGACGACAGGUACUUUUUAAGUGGUUCAUUGGAUGGAAAACUCCGACUCUGGAACAUUCCUGACAAAAAAGUGGCAUUAUGGAAUGAAGUAGAUGGGCAGACAAAAUUGAUUACAGCUGCCAACUUCUGUCAGAAUGGCAAAUAUGCAGUCAUAGGCACCUACGAUGGAAGAUGCAUCUUUUAUGACACAGAGCACUUGAAGUAUCACACUCAAAUACAUGUGCGUUCUACCAGAGGUCGAAAUAGAGUUGGAAGAAAAAUUACUGGCAUUGAACCUUUGCCGGGAGAAAAUAAGAUACUAGUGACAUCAAAUGAUUCCAGAAUCAGGUUGUAUGACCUGAGAGAUCUGUCUCUAUCUAUGAAGUACAAAGGAUAUGUCAACAGCAGCAGCCAAAUCAAAGCCAGCUUUAGCCAUGACUUUACCUACAUUGUAAGUGGUUCAGAAGAUAAAUAUGUCUACAUUUGGAGUACAUACCAUGACCUGAGCAAGUUUACAUCUGUAAGAAGAGACCGAAAUGACUUCUGGGAAGGCAUUAAAGCACACAAUGCAGUCGUCACCUCUGCGAUCUUUGCUCCAAAUCCUGGUUUGAUGGUGUCACUGGAAACUUCUGAAAAGCAAGAAGCUGAAAGUAAUGGAGAAGAUUGUGAGAUAUCAGACACCAUACCCUCUGGAGCUCUGAAGACAGAUCACACAGAAGUGUUUUUAUCAGCUGAUUUUACUGGAGCAAUUAAAGUCUUCAUUAACAAAAAGAAAUAUAUCUCAGUUGGUUUGCAACUGACAGCAUAAAGCUAUGGUGAAUUUGGCUAUGACUUUGUAUUGAAUUGUCUUGGACGAGAGAGGCAGUUGCAAGGGGUUUAUCAUCAGUCAAAAUAGAUACAAGAAUGGAACACACAUUUUAUAAAAUUGUCUUCAGUUAACACAGUUGGGUAAGUUUGACUCAGAGUUGAAAAUACCAGCAUGGAUGAAACAAGCUAAACUCUCUCAAGGUUCUUUUGUUACUUUGAGCUCCACUGGACUGACAGAAGUGAGGAAGUGGUGUGGAGUCCUCCCAUUCUAAAGAGGUGGGAACUUGAUGUUACUCCCCUUGUGUUAAUUCCUCCCUUGACCCAAACCCUAAACUUCACCCCUGCAAUGCCCUAUAAAAACCCCAUGGCCCUGCGUUUGCCAGGUCUUUCAUCUGUGCCCCCCUCCUGGUCUUCAGGGGUAACAAAUGGAUUCUCGAGCUUAACAAAACGGAGACCCGUCUCGUUUGUUCCCAUGCCGGCACCGGCAGCUGCAACCUCCCUGGACAUGAUGAACUCUGUAGCAACGUGAUGCUACAAGGUGGUACAAGAAGACAUUUGGUUUGUGACUCCAAAAAGCAGUUUCUAUAAUAUAUGCAAUAUCUGUGUAGAAGACUGUAACUGACUGAGAUUUCUGUGAGUUGUUCCCAGACACUUCUAGGGUUUGUUAUAGAUGUUCUACAUAUUUAUUGACUCAUACAAGUUAAGAAGCUGCUUUCUACAGUACAAAUGCCAUCACUUUGCUUGCAGGUACCUUAAUUCCAGACUCUUGGCACAUUGUGGCCUUCCUGUCUCUGGAACUAAAAGUCUAGACUGGAGGAAGAGGCAUAUGGGCUUAGCACUGGGGGUUUGGGGUAUACCUUUUUUUGUGUAUGUGUGCUGCUUUUCCCAUAUUAUAGUUAAAACAGUAAAUGCAAAAAUUAGGGAUGAGUAAUAGGAGAAGGGAGCUCUUAUUAGCUGCUAAGAAAUACACAGGAGAGGAUGAGUCAAACCCAGCUUUGAGUGACUGAAGACCUGGCUGCUGUCAACAUGCAGUGUUGAAGGUAUGUGGGGCUAAGUGGAUUUUGGGAGGGGUUCCUGCAACAUGAAUGGCCUGCAUUUUGGCAGUUGUUUUACAUGUUCUAUGCAAAGUCUCCUCUGUAACCUCUUAAUGAUUGAAUGGUUUUGGUUUUUUUUCCAACAUGACUACUUUGGAGAUAUAAGUUGAACUGUUAAGUUUUGCAUAUUAUCUGCCAGAAACUAUUAAGAUGUUGUGUUUGGACCUGUUAAGUACUCAGGUGAUCAUUAAAAAAUGAUUAUUGUUUUCAUUAUCCAGACAGUAAAAAAAGCUGAUCUUGAGGAAGAUUGACUUCCAUUUAUAUUGAUAUUUAGCUUUUCAGCACUCACAGUUCUAGUGUUCCCCUGCAUUGAUCUAGUAUUCUCAAUGCUUUUUUCCAGUUGAACUGUUCUCAUUUUUGAUGGUUCAGAAUCAGUGCCUCUUUCCCUCUCCUUCCAAAAGUUGUGUCAGUUAAGUGCUAUUCCAGUCUGAGUGGUGCUGUGUCCUGUCUGAUCUCAGCCACUGCUGGGUCUGGAGGCUUCUCUGGUACCUUACGUGCUGCAUUCUGCUUUUGUCCACAGCCUCCAAGUUCUCCUUGCAGGUAAAUGUCAGUUUCUCUGUUGAGCCUGUUGGGUUCAGUCAAGUGCCUUCACUGUCUGUACAUCAGGGAGUGCCCUUUCACUGCCCUGGCUGGAGCACAAGCACAGCAUGGAUGGAGAUCUGUUGAAAUAAAACACCUCCCUUUGUGCAGGAGGCUACCUCUCUCUGGAGUGCUUUUUCCAGGGGGCUACUUAACUUCUGUUAAAGAACAAAAGGCUGAUAUUCACGUCAUCAAAAUUCUGCUUACAGAAA